AUCACUAAAAGGUAGUCGUUUCCCACAGUGUUUCUUUGUACUUUUUGAGUUCUCUGCUGCCGAUUCACGCUUUGAAGUUGUAAGUUGAUGUCGCUCGUAACUCUCCAUCCUAUGGGAUGCCUUCUUUCCACUCUGUGGCAGGGGCGACGCAACUAGAUCCACCAAUGAAAUGAGCCGACGUGCGUCACGUGACUUCGUGGCGACUUAUCCAACAUGGCAGCGGCACAUCGACUCUUGUGUUGCUGAAAGUUUGAUUUAACGGCGCCUUGGUAACAUGGCGUGCGUGAAAGUCGAUCCCAGGGAGGGAGAAGACGACUCGCCGAGUGGAUUGAGCGAUGACCUGAGACCCGAAUGGCUUGACAACGUUCAGAAGAAUGGCGAGCUCUUCUACUUGGAGCUGAGCGAGGGAGAAGCCUCCACCAUCGCAGCGCAACAUGUGCCCACUCAUCACAAACACUUCCAUGAAAAGGAGGAGGAGCUCAUCAAGAAACAGGGAUGCAGCCAGCGGUCGAAGAAGGGGUUCCACCGCCAAUGGGGUGGGACGGAUGCUUCCACCUCAUCUUCGCUACCUGCGCCAGUCUUUAAGAGUCGGCGGGGGAGCGGCAACCUGCAGCUUAAGGAAGUGUGCGUAUACAUCAACCCCAAAUGUCUUGGAAGCUCGCCCUCGCCUCUGUUGGAGGCCUUGCUGGGCAUCGUGCAUCGGCCAUCUUGGAUCGGCGCUCACAAACCGGAAAGACUGACGGUAGAGGGCCUCGUCCCCAAAAGCCCGGCCAGCAAAUGCGGCCGUGUCCUCAUUGGAGACGUGCUGCUUGCAGUGGAUGCCUUGGACGUCAACGCCGAGAACAUCGAAAAAGUUCUGUCGAGCAUCCUGGGACCGACUCAGGUGAAGCUAACCUUAGAGACGUCAGGCGGCGACAGCGGGCCGGGUCUUAGGGCGAAAGUUUCGGCGCCCAUCAGCCCACUGGUGCGUCUCCUUUGGGGGCAGGACACAGCCGAACUACAGAUGUCAAUCAGCCAAAUCCCACACGUGGUCAUGUACCUGUCGCUUAAGAUGGACGCCGCCUCACCACAGGAAGAAGAGGACAUCUUGUACCGAUACCCGGUAUCGGAGGCGUUCGGUCGGCUAAAAGCAGCCAGAGGAAUCUUCCUGACUCUAUGUGACAUGUUGGACAACGUCACAGGCAGCAGCAUCGUCAGUUCCACGCUGCUGCUGGAGAAAUGCUUGGUCCACGUUGGCUACUGGAAGGAAGGCCACGCCCUGCUGGUCAUCGGGCUUCCUGCUGAGAGCGUUCCUUUGAUGUGCCUGCGCUCGCUGGUUGGAGACGUGGUGCGAACAUUAAAAGUCAUGUACGGAUCCUUGGACAGCGCCUUUUGCAGGGCGGAGCACACGCCACAGCUCGACCAGUUCUUCUGCAUCUUCUUCCAGCGGCUCAUCCAGCCGUGCCGCUUUACAGAUGCCCUCUUAGCUCCGCCCCCGGAUGUCUCUAGGAGCCUCUUCCUUGACAGACUGCCCGCCGUCCGAUGGCUUACGCUUCCACCAGAAAUUAAAAUGGAGGUGGACUUUCUUCUCACCGACUUUGAGGCCUCUGAUUUUGGAGAACUGUCGGAGGACUUCUUCGGCCUGAGGCGUUUCUACGAGAUUCUGGGCUCUUGUCUCUACUACAAGUCUUACCUGAUCGCCAACCAUCUCGCUAAAGAGCACCUGCUGGACGUGUGUCUGUAUACGGAGCACCACUGCCUGCUACCGCUGGCGUCCAAGCCGCGAGUAGGCCAGCUGAUCAUCUGGAGGGAGGUGUUCCCCCAGCAGAGAAGCAACGCUGCAUCUGAAGUCACGCGGCACCAAGGACGCCGCUUUCUCCUCAUCGUAGGCCUGAGGAGUUUGAUGCAGUGUGUCCUUCUGGAGACAGGCUGCAUGUCGUCUUCUGGACCUUCAGGGCCCGACUGUGUUUACGUGGCUCAGGUCAAAGCCGCACUGCUGCAGCUGGAGACCUUGGAAAAGGCCAUGGAAGAAUGUCUGAACACUCCCGCCGCUCCUUGCCUAUCCUGUGCCGACUCAUUCCUGCCUGCCGCCACCGCCCGCAACCGCCUGGCUGCCUCCUCGCCGGUUCUUGGAAAGCUGGCAGCCAGUGUUAAGAAUGCCUCGCCAGCAUCCCGAAGCGGUAACCUGUUUGGAGAGAGAGCUCGGAGGUCCAGCCCCCAGAGGAGCACAUCGGACUGUGGGGCUGAAGGACAUGCAGACCAUGGGGCUGCAUCUCCGACAGCUCAUGGUCUUAGUCCGGGCUCAGUCAGGACCCUGGCUGGAAGGCGGGACUCGCCGGGGUCUGAUGGGAGUGGAAGCCUUUUCAAGGUGCAGAGGACGAUCCCCCUGAGGAAGACCGUAAAUGCGAGGGACACGCAGGAGACGUACAACACCACCAAACUGAGCUCUGGUGCCAACAAUACCUUGUUCCAUUACGUCCUCAUGGAAACUGUCCAGGGAAUCUUCAUUACCCCCACACACACAGAGGAGGCUCAGCUCGGCGGAUCCGUUCACCCUCAGCUCAUCCACAACUUUCACCACUGCUGCCUGUCCAUUCGGGCGCUGUUCCAACAGAACAAACCAGUGCAGGAUCGCUGCACAGCAGACGGACCUCGAAGCGCCAGCUGGGGUUUCGGCCAAAUCCAAGAACACGGAGUCCUGUUCCAGUGCAAACCCCCAAAUUGGACGGACCAGAGGAAAGUCGCUCCCACCCUUAAUUACUGGGUCAUAGGGCGGUUUCUGCUGGAGCCUAUACCUCAGGAGUUCUAUGUAUGUUUCCACGACUCUGUGCCAGAGGUUCCUGUGGAGAUGGCCUUCAAACUUUGUUUCGGUUUGUCCACGUGACAACAACAACAAGAGCAUUUGACAGCUUAUUUAUU